AUGCGCGAGCAGUUCUCCCAAAGCAAGUCGAGUACCAAGGACAAAGCACUCCCAAAGUUGCUGUUCAUGGGCAAAUUCAACAUGAAAGAUGAGCAGUUUCUCCAGGGCCUUCAGGAUGGUGAGUUCUUUGAGAGCAGGGACAGCAGUGGUCGCCUUGUCUACAGUUGGACCCAGUUGGAGCAGGUUGAGAGCAGGGGUUCUCUUACAACUGUUUCAAUGGCAGCCAAGCAGGAGCUCGACAAGAACCAGAAGCAGGUUGAGGCUGGAGCUUUUGACUCUUGGAGGGGCGGUCUUUUCUCCAGGGACAAGACAAAGGCUCUCCAUGAUGCAGCUUCUUCUGGCAGCGCUCCACUUGCCCUGUGCGACCGAGAGACUGAACUGGGGGAGUCUCUCUGGAAGAAAGCACAGGAGCAGCUUCAUGACGCAAAAAGGGCCUAUGAGAAGCUUGAGAAGGAUGUGAGGAAGGGCCUGCAAGAUGUAGGUGUUGACGCAAAGGAAGAUCCUCUUUGGACUACCUUGAAGAAAGAGCUGGCCAUGAGCAUCAUGAAUGAGAAGCGCGAUGUGGACCAUGUGCUCAGCUGGAAGGAACUUCCAGAUGGUUCUUGCCUCACUGGUGCUAAGUAUGACGAGUUUAUCCAAGGCAGUGGCAAUAGGGCUGUGAAGCUUGAGGACCAGGUUGCUGGCAUCAAGGGGCAGUUGAGCGCUCGACUUGCCAG